UCCACUCUCUCUCUCCCUCACUAAAAACGUCCGCACUCUUCACUUCACAGAAGCUCCCAACACAAUGUCCCCUCUCUCUUCGUUCCUUCAUUUACAUAACUGUAAUUUCCCUCCAUGGCCACACCAAAAUCUUCCUUUCGUAUCGCACCAUCAUCUUCUUCACAAUUCCUUCCAUGGACACCCUUCAAAUUCCCAUCAAAACCCUCCAAAAUCCUCUGUUCUCGAAACCCUAAUCCACCCUCUCCUCCAGCACCCAUAAAUCUAAUCUCAAUUCUUCGAGUAAUACCCGAUUGGGCCGAUGCAAUACAAGAGAGUCGUUUGAAACAGAAGAGGCAACUUUACAAAUACGAAGAUUGGGUUGAACACAGAAGCUCUUUGAGACAUCUCAGGCAUCUGCUGUCAAGUCUGAGUUCUAGGGUGGUUUUAUCGUUAGUCCCACCGGUUAUUGCCUUCACGACGGUGGCUGUGGUGGUUGCGAGUUACAACACGGCGGUGUUUUGGGAUUUGUUGCCGGAAUUUUUCCCGAUUUUGAGGGCUUCUUCUUUGCCUUACCAGUUGACAGCUCCGGCGUUGGCGCUUUUGUUGGUUUUCAGGACGGAAGCUUCGUAUUCAAGGUUUGAGGAAGGGAGGAAGGCUUGGACGAAGGUGAUUUCAGGGACAAAUGACUUCGCUCGGCAAGUGAUUGUUAGCGUGGAGACAGAAUCUGUGUUGAAAACGGCGCUUUUGCAGUAUAUUCUGGCGUUCCCAAUUGCUCUUAAGUGCCAUUUGAUUCAUGGAUCCGACAUAGGAGGAGACCUCAAGAAUCUUCUUGAGGAUAAUGAUUUAGAUCUAGUUCUGAGUUCAAAUCAUCGCCCACGUUGCAUUAUCCAAUUCAUCUCUCAAAGUCUGAAGUUGCUGAAUUUGGAAUCAUCAACACUAACCACGCUAGAAUCAAAAGUUACGUGUUUCCAUGAAGGAAUUGGUGUUUGUGAACAAAUCACAAGCAUACCUAUCCCUGUUUCCUACACUCGUUUGACUUCAAGAUUUCUUGUUCUAUGGCAUCUCACCCUUCCAAUAAUUCUGUGGGACGAUUGUCACUGGAUUGUAGUCCCCGCUACUUUCAUCAGCGCUGCUUCUCUAUUCUGCAUCGAAGAGGUGGGGGUUCUGAUUGAGGAACCAUUUCCGAUGCUUGCUCUGGAUGAGCUAUGCAAACUGGUUUAUGACAAUGUUCAAGAAACAUUAAAAAGUGAGCAAAAGAUUCGAAAAAUACUUAACACCAAAAUUAAGGAUGCUGUUUCUUCUAGAAAGCUCGCAGCAAAUGGGCACCCAGCUUCAGGAGGUGGACAAAGUAUUUGGCCUAAUAAUUCCUCAAAUAGUAUAAACAAUUGACGUAUCUUUUAUCUUUAUGAGGAAUGCUAUGUUUUUAAAAGGCGAUGUCUAAUACUGUAGAUGUUUAUCUUCCAUUAUUAUUAUUAUUGUAUCUGUAUAUAUA